AUGACAGCACUACAUUCACCGCGGCGGGCACUGAGCCCUCCGCGCCUGGAAAUUCCGGUGCUGCCGGAAGUGCCCGCCAUGGCAAUUUCCUUCAAUUUGCCCAGCACACCUGUAUCUCGAACUCCAGAGCCGGGCUUUCGGAGUUUCGCGGAGCCACCGGUUGAUCGCCCGACGUCCCCCUCGCCGGUGGGCUCCCCCUGUUGCGGCCACCGUCCCAUGCGCUCGCCCUCGCCACCUCCGGCGGCCAUGGCCAUGGCCAUGGCGCAGAUGGCGCAGAUGGCGCCGCUGCAGUUCAGAAGUCCAUCCCCGGUUCCCUCCAUGUCCAGCACCGCCCCGGGCGGCACCUCGCCCUGGCGCCGCCAGCCGGGCGAGGCGCCGGCGAACCUGGCGCCGGCGCCAGGGCGGCAUGCGGUACCGGGGACGGGCCUUGAGGCCUUGUGUGCUGCUGGGCCUGCAGGAUCUAUCACCCAAAGACUCAACGACACGCAUUUGGUGCCUUUGCGUCACAUGCUGCCCUUGGGGCCACGCAGUGACUCCCAAACCACACAGAGCACUGUGAUGCAGGCAGCACUGGAUCCCAGUGCAGCUCCGCAGCCGCAGCCGCAGCCUUCGCCCUUGCAGGGCCACCGCGUGGUUCGUUCCGUGCUUCAUCCGGUGCCGCAGCCAGUGAUGCAGCCAGUGAUGCACCCAGCGAUGCCGUAUGGCAUGGUACCAGCAGCCGGGACUCCGGUGAGGGCAGCUUGCUGCCAGCUUCCUCCGGGCGUCCUCGUCGCCAUGCCACCAAGCGCGGCACCGGGCACUGCACCGCUCGCCGUGCCUCCGGUGCUGCGCUUCUCGGCGCAGGUGGCGUCGCCGCGACCGGUGGCAACUUCCGAAGCGGCGCGGCAGGUGCACAUUCCUCAGGAGCCCCCGCUGCCGUCCUCUCAGCUCGCGUCCCCCGCCACGCCGCCGCACCGGCUCUGCGGCGCCCCCGAGGGAAGUCCACGGCUGAGUCCGCGCAGCACACAGAGCCCAAGGGGCAAGGGAGAAGACGGAGAGAAGACCGAUCUUCCAGCAGAGACCAAAGGCGAAGAUUCAUUGUCCAAACAGCUGCGCGAGUUACAGCAUGCGAAAGAGGAGGCAGCAGCACAGGUGGCGCAGAGCGAGCAAGCGAUUCUGAUGCGCAAGGGACAGCUGAAACGGGAGACCUUUCUGGCUCUCAAGUCCGGAGGCCUAAGUGAAGCUUUGCGCCGCUGGCCCUCCCCAGAGCACCCCGCAGGGCCCUGCCCCGCACAGACGCCCAGCCCACGUGAGAGCCGCAGCAGCCGCGCUGCCAUGGCGAGCCGAGAGCUUCAAGAGGAGUCCGAGCAGACGGAGGCGGUACCACUUCAAGCGCUGGAACUGGAGGAGAGUCCUUUGCCCCAGGCACCGGUCCCGCCAGUACCGUCGACGGACGCCGCGCCGGAGCGCACACCUCCGGAGCGCACACCUCCGGAGUGCACACCUCCGGAGCUGCCAGUGACUGAGACACUGAGCCGCGGCAGUCGGAUGACGAAGACGGAAAGCCUCCCGGAACGGCUAACCUUCGAAGAGGAAGCGGUUCGCUGCUGCAAGACAUUGAACAAGAUCGGCGGACAGAUUUCCAGCGAACAUCUCCGGGACCUGCGUAAGCCCCGGCAGUUGCCUCCACAGGUGGUGAAACUUUUGCAAGCCAUCGCCCUUUUACUGGGCCACAAGGAUGUGAAGGUGUCGAAUCUCAAGAAGCUGCUGGCAGAUACGCUUCCGCAGAAGUUGUCCGCCUUUGACCCUCGUCGCAUUACGCAGCUGCAGCGCACCAAACUCCGAGCUUUGCUGAGCAGUGCAGAGGUGCAGCCGGACCAAAUCGCCACGCUGUGUUUGCCCUUCACCUCCCUGGCUCAGUGGUGCGAAUGCGUUAUGAUUUUCUUGAGCCACACGCAAAUGCUUCAGUCCGAGAAGGAGAAAGAAAAGGCUGAGAAGGCCGAGGAACCGCAGACCAAGCCAAGCAGAUCGAGCCGUGGCCUUUCCUCGUUGCAGAUCCAACCGGAUCUCACCCGGCUCAGCCCCGAGCAGCUCAAGGAGGUGAAGGAUCUCACAAUCACGAAGCCGAACAUUGGCUCUGUGGUCUUUCAUGGCACCACGGACUGCAGUACUUUAGACCUUCAGAAGGACAUCGUGCUGAAACGGGGCUACGUUUUGGUGUAUCCAGAUACUAAGAGAAAGCCGCCGCUGGGCGAAGGUUUGAACAAACCGGCCACCGUGACGAUGUACGAGUGCUUCCCACCAGGGGAGCAAAUUGGAGAUAAAGAAGCUAAAGACUACAAGGAGAAAAUCAAACGCAUGACCGAAGAGAACGGCGCCUGCAAAUUCAUCGACUACGACUGCCAGACCGGGGUGUGGAAAUUCGACGUUGCCCGCUUCUGACGGCCGGAAACCGUGCCAAUUUCGCCAAUGUGCCACCUCUGCAAGCUACAGUGACCUACAGCCUAUCCGGAAAACUUGGUGAACCCUUGUUGACGUUAAAGGGAACGUUGGAAGUGGUUGAGUGAUGCAAAAUGCUGUCCC